AUGUCAUCUCGUAUGGAAAGCAAUAGCGGACCCGGAAAAACACAGAUCAGUGAGGCCGCCAACGAACUUUUGCUCCAACAUUAUCCGGAAUAUCAGACUGAAGAAAGAGGACAAAUACAAGUUAAGGGAAAAGGCAUGUGUACAACAUUUUGGCUACAUGGAGUGGAAAGGACGACAUCCAAUGCUUAUCUAGCACCCAGUACGCAGGGCGCCGGCAACCUCAAUGGAUGUCUUGGCGCUAAUUCUUCCAUGAAUAGUUUGUCCACGAAACUCCGAAAUCCAUCAGGAGUGGGAUGUCUAGGAAGUGAUUUACUUGUCUACUAUUGUUGUGAACACUAUUCAGACACACUAGCAUAUUCUCUACUUUCUCACCUCCUUUGA